CAUGGAGCAACUGAGAAUGAAUUUUACCAGAACUUUGAUUCUAGUCUCUCGUACCUAGUAGUAUACCGCCACCAAUUCAUCUUCGCGAUCCCUCACCCCUCAAAUAAGAGACUACCAAACUUGUGAUAACCCGUAUAUUCCACCUUCUCAUUUAUAUUCCAGCCCACCAUGUUCGCCCGUCUCCGCCCAGAACAAGCCCCUACCCCCCUCAAAAGCGACUCUUCCGCUCGUUUCAAAUCCCUAAAACGUCGUCUCUUUGCCUCGGACGAAGAAGACGACGAUAUACGCUCACCUCCACAAAAGCGACCCAAGCAGGGACAUUACUCAAUUACCCCCCUCUUGAACAAAUACAAGAAUCUCGCCGACGACGAAGACGACCAGCCCUCAACCCGCCAGCACGGCCGCCGUCGUCAUCUCAGCCCAUCCCCCGACUCCGAACUAGUCAAGGAGCUCGACGGUAAGCCCUUAACUCGCGCACUGCCAAACCACACCACUAACGCCGACCCAGACCGGUACACCCACCUGCGCGCCACAAUGCAUAGCGCAGCGCUGUCCUCGCUGUCCACCGCCGAACACGAACUCGCCGCCUCCAGCGAGCGUUCCAUCCGUUCGAAGCGGCAAAACCUCGCCUCCAUGGAAUCGCAGCUGAAGUCUCUCGUCGCGCCUCUCCGGGACUUGACUGUGGACUACAUGGCGACGGGCGAGAACGGGCUCCCGCGCACCGUCGCCGUGAACAUCCGCGACGCGAUCAGUGCUUUCGAGACGAGCUUGGAGAAGACGGUGACGGAGCUCGCGGGGCUGUGGGAGGAGUGGGAGGAGACUCAGGUGGAGAUCGACGGGCUAGCUGCGGAGUUGGGUGCUUCUUCGCGAGGGGAUGACGGUGGCGUUGGGAAGGGAGUGGUGGGAGGAACCGCUUCCGCGCGUGAUGAGGUCGUGGUGGGGAUUGCUGCGGAUCUGGAUAAGGCGAGUGAGGAUGUCGUUGAGGAGAUGGCGACGUAUGAGGAGGUGAGUCCGAGACCCCGGAUCUGGAGUUGUUGUUUGUUGUGGGAGUUGGGAGUUGGGAGUUGGGAGCGAGAUCGGAGACUGACUGAUGUUUAGAAAUUCCUCAAGGAGAUCGGGAAGGAGGCUGGGAAUCUAUUGCACUCUUUCUUGAAUCGCUAGAGACGCUGCUGGGCGAAUGGGUUUCGGUGACGGAGUAGGAGAUGCAGACUAGAGCUGGGACAUGUAUGAGUGGCCGAUGUGGACGUUGAAAUUGACAGAAUUUGCGCUGUGGCUGGCUGACUGGCUAAGUUUUAUGACAGGUAAGCUCUCUGAAGUUAUAGAAAC